AACGCCGGUGUUAACGACCGACAGCCGUUCGCCAUAGGCGGGCUGAUGGAAGGACUAUGAGCAAAAGCAGAAACACACACAAGAACAAGAACUCCCUCGACGACGGCGAGGAGGAGCUCGAGAAGGAGAAGAAGAAGAAAAAGAAGGUGCGAGACCCCCUGGACUGGGAGGAUGACAAGUUUCCGAAGAUGGCCGAGAGAGACGUGGUUGAGGCCCUCAUCGACCAGAACGUCUUGGCGAAGAUGCGGCAGCAGGCGAAGAAGCAAUACAUCGAAGCGCUGGGGCCAGAUCCUGCGAAGGUGGUGAGAACUUGGAAGUACCACUUCGGGCUGUGCGCCCUUGAGAACGUGACGCAGAACGAGUGGGAAGUCUUUCUGGCGGUGUCAGAAACUGGCAACAAGUUCGACCAGUUCAAGAACCGGCUCCAUGGGAACUUUCAGUACACCAAGGGCUACAAAGUGAAGCCUUCCACGCGGAAGAAGUUCUCGCGAAUGGAGCAGGUCUACAGCAAGGAGCACAGCUUCAGCUACAAGCAGAUGCAGAACCAUUUCGUGACCAUGGACCUCUGGUCCGUCAGCAAGAUGCAGUUCAACACUCUCUUGGGGACCGCCAAGCGCAGCUUCUACGACCUCGCCAACGACAACGUGUAUCAGACCAUCGGCGUCAAAGCCGCCGGCGCCGGCGGCCCGGGCCAAGCCAAGGCAGCGGCGGCUGGGGGAGAGGAGGACAAGAAGGGCUUCCAGAUUGGCAGCGUCUUCGUCCAAUGCCUCUGUUCCGAGGUGAUGCGCUUCGACAUCGCGCUGAACAACUGGCAGUUCCUGCCGAAGCCAGAGCUGGUGGACAACACGAGCAAGAAGAAGCUGCGCAUCGCCAUCCCCACCGGCCCGAAGAAGGGCAACGACACCUUCGAGACGGACGCCUGCGAGCCACCCAUGUACAGCUGGGCCCGGGGCGGCAUGUUCUGCUACAAGGGCACGAAGGAGAGCCUGAACAACGAGGUGAUGGCCAUCGAAGUGAUGAAGCAGCAGGGCGGCGCCUUUGUGAGCCAGGGCAAGGCUUUAGUGGGCCUUCGGGGCGCCAUCGACUAUCCCAUCGCCGUGGGCGUCGUAAAGACCUUGACAACGAAGGCCGCGGAGUAUGUGCAGGGCCGGGCUGGGGGCUCCAUCUCCAUGUCGAUGCGUUCUAUGGCGCUGAAGCCUGGACAAAACGACGAGGACUCCUCGAUCCCGCGGCCCAUGCAAGACAUUACCUCGUUGACCAUGUACUACCUCCAGGGCAAUGUGCAGCACCUGGUGGUGAUCGCCAAUAUGGCAGAUGGUCUGCCGGUGGCCGACCCCGACUACGGGUCCUCCAACCCGUUUGUGCGCGUGAAGUACGACGGCACCGUAGAGCAGUCGCCGGUGGUCAUGGCAUCUUUGUCACCCAUUUGGAAUCACACCUUCUACCUGCCGGUGCGCUUCACAGAUCCUUGCAUCUACAAGGAUCAGGCCUAUAAGAAGAACAUCUUCCCCGAGGAGAUGAAGUCCAAGGGCUACCUGGAGCUUGAGAUCUGGCACUGGGACGGGGUGCCCACCGAGUUCCUGGGAUCCUUCAAGCUCGACCUCCAGCAGGUCCGUUUCGGGCAGCAGACGGAGCGGGCCAUCUGCCGCAACGUGACCAAAGCCAAGAAGAUCGAGAACUCCAACGAGGACGACAAGGACCGCGCCAGGGAGGACGACGGAGACGCAACGGUGGGCAUCGACCCUGCGCUGGCCAAGGUGCACACCACGCUGCUGUAUGAGGGUCGCCGGGAGAAGAUCACGGGGUCCUCCUUGGCCACCAUGGCGACGCCCACCAUCAGCUUCGACUGCUACUUCCUGCCCGACUUCAAGCCCGACUUUAAGUUCCCGGAGCAAGAGACCGCGGAGAUCGCCUCGGAGCAGAUGUUCGCGCCCGCCUACCGACGCUGGACCGAUGUCUUCCUUGAACUCAACGAGGCCUAUCAGAUCUGGUUCCCCGACUCCCCCAGCAAGCGGCGCUGGCUCUGCAGCUUCACCGACACGUCCGGCACCGUGCUGCCGCUGCCGCGGCUGGUGACCCCGCUGGCGCUCCCCGCAGACCUGGGCUCCCCAUUGACCAUCCUGCACUGGAUCAAGUGCAUCGAGUUCAAUGCACCGCCGCGGCAGAGGGCGUGCGGGCAGAUCAACCUCUGGCAGACACCCAACGAUAUCCUCGCGCUGCGGCGGGGCUCUGUGCAGGACCACGCAGUGCUGCUGUGCUGUGCGCUGCAGGGCCUCAAGAAAGAUGCCUGGGUUUGCAUAGGCAGCGUGGAGGGCGGCGCCGAGCAUACUUGGGUCAUGACGCGGGAGGGCUACGGCACCAUCACCUUCUGGGACGUGACCACCGGCGCGCGGUACCACCUCGCGCAGCGCUGGUUGGGCCAUACCGGGGACGCCCAGCGCCCGGAGGUGGAGAAGCGAUUUCAGGGCCGGCAGGCCACGGCGGACUGGAAGUCGGAGACCCGCACGGCGGAGCGGGCCAACUUCUCGCGGCAGCAGCACCUGGCGGGAAUGGACCAGCUCUAUAGGCUUCCGAUCUCUCCUUGGACAGAGCUCUACAAGGCAGACAUGCUGACGGACAUUCCCUAUGCCUCCAUCGAGGUGAUAUUCAACGGCUACGAUGUGUACGGCAACCUGCUGAAUCAUCACCCAGCGUGCAUCUACUACGACAUGGAGAUCGAUAAAAGCUCCUGGCACAGCUUGGCGGGUGCAGAGCUCAAGCAGCAGAUGUACAUGGGCAAGGACGUGGCCAUCCCCGUAGGCCCCAAGGUGUCCACCUUCACGGCGGAGAGUUUAGAGAGGAACAUCGAGAAUGAGCUCAAGGAGAGCAUCCGGAUGAUCCGCAUGCGGCUGGGCUUCGAGAGCGCCUACGAGGACUCCGAGGUGCGCGACGAGGCCCUGAGGGCGUACCUGCUGCACCUGGAGAAGGAAUGCGUGCUGGAUGUGGAUUGGGCCUAUGACGAGAUGGACCAGGCCAUCAAGCCCUGGGGCGCCCCGUCGCCCUUUAACGCCUCGGAGUACAAGACGCGAGGCAUGGUCCAAGCACUGGAAGGAGAAGAAGCAGCUGCGGGAAGCUCGUCGGUACCUCGCGGUGAAGGAGAAUCAUGUGCUCUCUGGGGUGCCGCUUCACUUCUCCAGCACGGACCUGAAGGAGAUCCGAAAGUGCAUCAUGGGCUGCAAGCCGAUUCAGGAGUACUUCAGAUACCCCUCGGACGACAUCUUCUUCUUCGCGGUAGCCAAGGUCAUGCCGCUUCCGCAGAGUGUUUGCUCCGUGUGGGUCUUCAUGGGCGCAGAGGUGAAGAUGUCGCGUCAACGAAUUCUAGCUCUGAGCAAGGCCGGAGCGUGAGCUAGCGGCAUGGGAGGAGGCCAACGGAAUCGUGGAGGAGGAGGAUGACGAGGACGACUUGGAGAACUUCAAGCCGGACGAGGCGCCGGCGGAUGCCAAGCCUGCAGAGGCGCCGCCGCCGCCGGAGGUGAAGGACGAUGGCCAAGACCUCUACGCCAACUCCGCCUCUGACCGCCAGCUUGAGAAGCUCCAGCAGGGAGAGGACGCUGAUGCUGACAAGAAGAAGGACAAGAAGAAAAAGAAGAAGCCCAAGGAAUCCGAGUGAUCGGCGACCAAGCCGGCUGCCCAACCAUGCGAGCGGACGGCAUUGACGGUGUUCAGUCGAAUGGGCUAGUUGGAAC